AUGGAUUUGACCGAUCUGAUUAAAUCAUGGCAGGCUAUAGGCCUAACAAAACCAAAACCUAAAACAAAGCGCUCACCCGCAAUUUCAAUUCGUAAACCGCGCGCACCGAUCAGUUCACGCAUCGUACAAAACUGUAUAAUUGUUUGGCUAGAUCCUUAUAUGAAUGAAAACCAAACUGAAGGGUUCAAGAGUUUAUUAACUGAAUCUGGCCGAAUUAUCCACACAACAUAUGUAUAUACUGAUUCGGACGAAUGCAUUGAUUUUGUAAGCGAUAUCAAAGACGAGAAGAUACUCCUGAUUGUACCAGAAAAAAUAGCUGAAGAUAUCGUACCACUUAUUCACAGUAUCGUUCAAAUCGAUUCGAUUUAUGUUUUUUGUGAAACACAUGUACCUGCUCCAGAUUGGACCAAACAAUGGUUGAAAGUGAAAGACUACUACGACUGUAUGUCAUCAUUAGGUCUCAAAUUGAAACAAGACGCGCAAAACUGCGAUCGAAACACGAUCUCUUUUGGUUUCGUACCGAAAAGCAGUACAAAAUUCACCGGAAAUAUCGAUCAUCUCGAUCCAACAUAUAUGUACACACAAAUAUUGAAAGAUAUUUUACUAAAGAUUGAUUUCGAUGAAAGACAUAUGAAGAAUUUCGUUAAAUAUUAUCGCGAAGCAUUUGCUGACAACGUUGUUCAACUAAGAAAUAUCGACGAAUUCGAAAAGAACUAUAGAAAUCAAACACCAAUUUGGUGGUAUACACAUGAAUGUUGUCUCUAUUCAUUACUUAAUCAAGCAUUACGUAUGAUGGAAGUCGAUACAUUAAUCAAAAUGGGUUUUUUUAUUCGCGAUAUUCAUCGUCAUAUUGAAGAAUUGCAUCGUGAACAAUUUCGUGGAAAUCCUUUUAUGGAAAAAUUUACUACGUAUCGAGGUCAAGGUUUGUUAAGAGCAGAUUUUGAAAAACUGAAUCAAACACAAGGCGGUCUCAUAUCGUUCAAUAAUUUUCUAUCAACAAGUAGAGAUCCUGGUGUUGCAUAUGCGUUUGCUCGUAGUGCACUUGCCAAUUAUGAUUCUAUAGGAAUCGUUUUUAUAAUCAACAUAGACCCUUCGACGCAGUCCACACCAUUUGCGGAUAUCAAAGCCGUGAGUCAACAUGAAAUGGAACAUGAAAUUCUCUUCACCAUGCACACGGUGUUUCGCAUUGGAAACAUGGUCGAAGUUGAUAAAACAGCAAAUCUAUGGCAGGUAGAUCUGGUUCAAACGAGCGAUCAAGAUUCACAAUUGAAUGAUUUAACAAAAUGUAUCCAAGAGAAAAUCGAAAGAUCCAAUGGAUGGGAGCGUUUAGGCAAAUUACUGAUUAACCUUCGUCAGUUCGACAAAGCCGAAGAAUUUUACGAAGGUCUUCUUGAUCAAGCAAAUAAUGAAGAUGAUGAAGUGCAUUGUUAUAAACAACUCGCAUGGAGCACAAAAAAACAAAAGAAAUAUAAAGAAGCGCUCGAGUAUUAUGACAAAGCAUUGACAAUCAAAGAGAGAAGUCUGCCUGAAAAUGAUCGAUUUUUUGGUGUCAUUCAUACAGAAAUCGGCAGUGUUCAUGAAGAAAUGGAACAAUAUUCCAGUGCUUUGCUUCAUUAUGAGGGUGCAUUAGGUAUUCAAAUACAAGCAAAACAUCCGGAUUUGGUUGGCUUAGGACAUUCCUGCAAUCACAUUGCGUCGGUCUAUGAGAAAACAAAGGAUUACGCGAAAGCGAUCAAAUUCUAUAUGGACGCUAUUAAGAUUCGGCGAGCAGUACGCUCGAAUGAUUCAAAACAUCAAGAGAACAUCGCGUAUUCUUACAAUAACCUGGGCUCUGUCUAUGAAAAAAUGGAUAAACAUGGUAAAGCACUUGAAUCACACAAACAAGCACUUGAAAUUCAACAAAGAAUUCUUCCUUCAAAUCAUUAUGAUUUGGCUCAAACGUAUAGUAAUAUUGGAUUUGUGUACCACGAGUCAGAAAAUUACCAAAUGGCACGUCAAAACUAUCGACUAGCUGUUGAAAUUGGACGACGUUCAUUACCAUCAAACGAUACUCGCCUUCGACAAUGGCAAAAACGUCUCGAUUUUGUAGAAAAGAGAGUGUAG